AUGGCCAAACCUACCGAUAAAGAGGGCUUGAAAAUCCUUAUCCUAGGCAUGCCACGGACUGGAACACAAUCCCUCGCGGAUGCUUUAGCCGAACUUGGCCAGGGUCCAAUCUACCAUAUGCGCCAUGUGGGAGAGAACAAACACCAACAACAGUGGAUCGCUGCCUUGGAAGCUAAAUUUGAGCACCAUGGACCUCCUUUUGGGCGAAAUGAGUUUGAGGCCUUUCUAGGCGGCUUCAAUGGUGUGGCGGAUUUCCCGGCAGCUAUUUUCCCUGACGAAUUGAUUGAGGCGUUCCCAAACGCAAAGGUGAUCUUGACAGUGCGCGAUGAGGACAAAUGGUUUGAAUCUCUCAAAGCAACUCUGUGGCAUGCUUGGAGUGCACCCGAUGCGCCUCGAGAUACGCCUAUGAGGCCGUUGGCAGAUAAAUAUAAUCUCCACAUGUGGCAGAACGACUUCCCUCGGUACGGGCGGGAAAAGUACCGAGAGCAUAACGCACAUGUCCAGGAGAUUACGCCGGAAGGGUCUCUGCUGGUCUACAAUAUCAAAGACGGAUGGGAGCCUAUAUGCAAAUUUUUGGGGCUGGAUGUACCAGCGACACCGUUUCCGAGGAAUGAUCAUUGGCUAGAUUAUAAACGGGCCCAUGGGACUGCCUGA